UCAUGCUAGAUCACUCUUCUCUCUCUCUCUCUUUCUCUCUCUCUCUCUCUCUCUCUCUCUCUCUCUCUCUCUCUCUCUCUCUAGAUCUCAAGGUGAAGAUGAAGUCUUCCAUCAUGAAGCUGUUUGCAGCAUUGUUGCUUGUUGUCAUGUGUCUACUGGCCAAUGAAAUGGGUGGUCCGAUCAUGGUGGAAGCGAGAACAUGUCUGUCCCAGAGCCGCAAGUUCAAGGGGGCGUGCUUUAGCGACAACAACUGUGGUAACGUGUGCAAAUCUGAAGGGUUUCCUAGAGGAAAGUGUCGUGGUUUUCGACGCAGGUGCUUCUGCGUCAAACACUGUUAGAUCGAUGGCUACAUCUACUACUUCAUGGCCGGACUAGCACCGGAUGAGCCCUUUGAGUGUCCAGUUUGAGUUGAUGUUUUUAUUUUACGGUGUGUUACAUAAGUACUUUCUCGUUGUUUUUGUUGGUUUUCCAAACCAUCUCCACGUUUGGAUAUUUCUUUGUGUAAUAAAAUUUGGGAAAGUUAUAACUUAUGACUUAUAACCA